UAGCAUAGCAAAGUCAAAAAAAACAAAUACAAAUGCAAUCCUCACAGUCAAUCCGCAUGUUCAGCACCCAAAAUCUUACAUGGGUCCCACUCUUGAAACAACCUACAACCGCCGUCAGAUUGCGGCGGUCACCACCACCGAUCACGGCGGUCAGUGCAACAACAUCCCCACCCCAAAGAAGGGCCCAUACAAUGCCCCCUGAAAAGGCAGAAGUGUUCAAGUCACUGGAAAAUUGGGCCACAAAGUCGGUGCUACCAUUGUUAAAGCCCGUGGAGCAAUGCUGGCAACCCCAGAACUUUGUGCCGGACCCCGCGCUGCCGUUCGAGGAGUUUAAGGACCAGGUGGGGGCCCUACGAGAUCGGACGGCUGAGCUUCCUGAUGAGUAUUUUGUGGUGCUGGUUGGUGAUAUGAUCACCGAGGAGGCACUGCCCACGUAUCAGACCAUGAUCAAUACGCUUGAUGGGGUUAGGGAUGAGAGUGGGGCUAGCCCUGACCCGUGGGCUGUGUGGACUCGGGCUUGGACUGCGGAGGAGAAUAGGCAUGGGGAUUUGCUGAAGACCUAUUUGUAUUUGUCGGGUCGGGUUGAUAUGUUGAUGAUUGAGAAGACGGUGCAGUACUUGAUUGGAGCUGGAAUGGAUCCUGGAACGGAAAACAACCCGUACUUGGGGUACGUGUACACGUCAUUCCAAGAGAGAGCAACAUUCGUGUCGCACGGAAACACAGCAAGGUUAGCUAAGGAGAGCGGCGAUCCAGUACUAGCACGCAUAUGUGGCACGAUUGCAUCCGACGAGAAACGCCACGAGAACGCGUACGUCAAGAUCGUCGAAAAGCUCUUGGAAGUGGACCCCACCGGUGCCAUGCUGGCAAUCGCUGAUAUGAUGAAAAAGAAGAUCACGAUGCCUGCGCACUUGAUGUACGAUGGGCGGGACCCACGCCUGUUUGAGCACUUCUCUGGUGUGGCCCAGCGUUUGGGGGUUUAUACGGCUGAUGAUUAUGCCGACAUAUUGGAGUUUUUGAUUGGACGGUGGGGAUUGGAGAAGUUGGAAGGGCUGAACGGUGAUGGGAGACGUGCGCAGGAUUUUGUGUGUGGGUUAGCGCCUAGGAUUAGGAAGCUGCAGGAGAGAGCGGAUGAGCGUGCAAGGAAGAUGGAAAAACACAAGGUUAAGUUUAGCUGGAUUUUCAAUAAGGAGCUCCUUUUGUAAAUAUGAAUCAAUGAGUGUUGUUAUGACAUAACAUUUUCACACUAAAGAUUUUAUGGCAAAUCUUAGGUGAUAAGUUAUCUCAGGUUUUUAUUUGAGUUUUGAUAAUGUUAUAAAUGUGACAUUACUCUAAAGAAGUGUUUGGAUCGCUUGAUAUUAUAUUAAAUUUUGAUGUUAGAUUAUUGUAACGAAAUGAAACAUUCAUGUAAUCACGUUAAAGCAAUA